UCUGCAACAUAAGAGUGAAAUGUUUACCACAAUUCUCUUUUGCAUAACAAUAACGCGCUUUUCUGUAAUAGCUAUUUUUUCUUGUAGUCUAGGGACUCUGACUUAUGUUAUAUGUUAGUAUGACAUGCCAUGAUUACAAUUUUCUCCUUUUUCGGGCAGUCGUGUAAAAGAUGUCAAUUUUCUUUUACAUUUAUAUGUGAGUAAUAACAUCGAAACUACAAUAAAAACCGACGAUGGGUUCCAUAACAUUACGCAAAAAACGGCAAAAAAAUCACGUUUUUAGGGUUCCGUACCCAAAGGGUAAAAACGGGACCCUAUUACUAAUACUCCGCUGUCUUGUGAAUUUGUGAUAUUUCAUGGUAAGUAAAUUAUUCGACACGUGAUGCUGAUGGUAGUCGAUAAUGUUAACUAUAAAGACUACUUAAUAUUUAUCACUUAUUUAUUGUAGAUGACUCUGAAACACGAAGCAAUGGCUAUAAAAAAUAUUAUGAUCACGGCGCGAGGACCUUUUUUUGUUUGCGAAAGUGGACUGAAGGACUCUAGCAGGAAGGAGAUAACGCAUCGGAAGAGCACACGAGCUUCAGGACACGAAGACAGCGAGAGGGUGCGGAGGACGAGGCGGAGGGCGCAGAGGCACAAGCAGCAGAGCAGCCGGCGUCGUCGCCGGCAGCUGAAACAUGCUGGGGGUGCGGCAUGCCCCUGCGCCUUUGCCUUAGAGGGCCUCAGAUGGAACCCUCGGCGGCUUCAAUACCGCCGACCCCGCCACCGACCCCGGUUGGGGUUGCGCGCCGUAUUCGACCCUCAAGGCCGGGCUCGGGGCGGACCAGGUCGCGGCCGGUUGCUAUUCCGGGGCGUCAAGACCGACGCACCCGGCCGCCGACCGCAGCAUUACCCUGCGCGGCGCCAGGGUGCAUGCUUUGCAGAAAACCCUACUAGGACAGCCGCCGCCGUGAAGCCGCGGCCAUCACGUAUUAAAUUAGUAAAUAAGCCUACUUAUUAUUAUAUUUUUUUAAUAAAUGUAUGAGUAUAACCUUAUAGUCAUACAUUUAUUCAAAAAAUUAUAAUUAUUAAAAACUUAGUGUAAUCAUAAUAUAAUAAGCCUAAAUCUUAAAUAUUAUCAAAAAUUUCAUCCACUUUGUAAAAGCAACCUCUCAAUAAAAAUAUUUUCAAUUCCCUAUGAAACACCGAGUGAUCCGUAAUGAUUUUUAGUUCAGUAGGCAAUCUGUUAUAAUGGCUUAUGGUUUUAGAUAUAAGUGUUAAAUGCGACUUGUGUAAGUGUAAUUUGUUUGUGUUAUUUGUGUAAGUUUAGUUUUUAGUUUUUAAUAUAGAUUAAUUAUUGUUACCGCG